AUGGAGGCCAGUGUUCCUGUGGUGGAUUUUCAGAAGCUUUCAGAGGGAGAGGAGGAGUGGAAGAAGCUAAGAGAAGCAUGUGAGAAGUGUGGUUGUUUCAGGGUCAUCAACCACCCCAUUCCAGAAACUCUCAUGGCUGAGAUGAAAUCAGUGGUUAAAUUCGUGCAUGAUCUUCCUUUGGACACCAAAAUGCGCAACAAAUCCAUAAUUCCUGAUAGUGGCUUCGUCCCUCCCAUUCCAACAAGUCCUCUAUAUGAGGGCAUGGGGAUCUAUGACAUGCAUGAAUCACCACAAGCACUUGAAGAUUUCUGCACCCAAUUGGAUUUGCCUCAGUAUCACAGGCAAAUAGUAAAGACAUAUGGGCAAGCAAUUCAUGACUUGGCAUCAACCAUCUCACAAAAGAUGGCUAAGUGUUUGGGUAUAGUGGGGGUUGAUUUCAAGGACUGGCCAUUCAUUUUAAGAACUAUUAAAUAUAGUUUCACCCCAGAGAAUGUAGGUGAAAUGGGAGUACAGGUGCACUCAGACACAGGAUUCAUCACUCUACUUCAAGAUGAUGAAACUGUUAGUGGUCUUGAAUUGUUGGAUGAUUCUGGCUCAUUUAAGGCAGUGCCUCCCAAAUCAGGGUCCUUCCUUUGCCUUAUUGGAGAUGUUGGACAUGUUUGGAGCAAUGGAAAAUUUUGGAAUGUUAGGCAUCGUGUAAUAUGCAAGGGAACAGGUACUCGUUAUUCUUUUGGUGCAUUUAUGUUAGCACCAAGGGAUGGUAAUGUUAAGGCCCCAGCUAAGUUGGUGGAACUUGACAAUGCACCACGUUAUCGACCAUUUACGUACGAAGAUUUGAGGGAGUUCAGAAUCAGAACGGGAAAGAGAGCUGGUGAAGUUCUUGAUCAAUACCGCAUUGCUUUGUGA